UCCUCACUCUCCUGCACAUCUCUGCAGCAUCAUGGCCUUCCAGUCCUCCUCCCGCUCCAUCUCCAUGUCCAGCUCCAUGGGCGGCUCCGGCGGCUCCAUGAUCGGCUACUCCAGCGGAGGUCGGAGGACCACCAUGAGCUCCGGCAGCGUCUACGGCGGGGCUGGGGGCCAGGGCGUCCGGGCCUCCUCCUCGUUCAUGGACGGGGGCUAUGGGAGGAGCUUCUCGUCCUCUGCCAGCUUCAGGGCGGGCGGCAUGGAGGACAGCGUCAUCGGGAACGAGAAGUUCACCAUGCAGAACCUGAACGACCGCCUGUCCUCCUACCUGGAGAAGGUCCGCCGGCUGGAGAAGGCCAACACCGAGCUGGAGCUGAAAAUCCGCCAGUUCGUGGAGAGCAGAGUGGGCCCCGCCACCAGGGACUACAGCGAGUUCUUCAAGACCAUCGCCGAGAUCAGAGCCAAGAUACUGGAGGCCAACAGCAGGAACGCUGCGGUCCACCUGAGCCUGGACAACGCUCGCCUGGCUGCAGACGACUUCAGGACCAAGUACGAGACGGAGCUCACCAUGCGGCAGUCCGUGGAGGCCGACAUCGCCGGGCUCCGGAGGGUCCUGGACGACCUGACGCUGAGCAAGAGCGACCUGGAGAUGCAGCUGGAGGGUCUGAGGGAGGAGCUGGUCUUCCUGAAGAAGAACCACGAGGAGGAGAUGCUCGCCCUUCGGGCUCAGAUGAGCGGGCAGGUGAACGUGGAGGUGGACGCGGCGCCCGCCCAGGACCUCAAUAAGGUCAUGGAGGAGGUCCGCGAGCACUACGAGAUGAUGGCCAACAAGAACCGCAAAGAUCUGGAGGCCUGGUUCACGGCCAAGACAGAGGCUCUGAACAAAGAGGUGGUGGUGCAGACGACCACGCUGCAGACGUCCAAGAGUGAAGUGAGCGAGCUGAAGAGGACGCUGCAGUCGCUGGAGAUCGAGCUCCAAUCACAGCAGAGCAUGAAAAUGGCUCUGGAGGCGACUCUGAAUGAGACUCAGGGCAGAUACAACACACAGCUGAUGUCGUGUCAGAAUCAGGUGACGUUUCUGGAGGAGCAGAUUGGAAAUUUGCGGGCAGACCUGGAGCGGCAGAGUUUCGACUACAACACACUCCUGAACAUUAAACAACGGCUGGAGAUGGAGAUCACUGAAUACCGCCGCCUGCUGGACGGAGACGCCACCAGCGUCGUGUCCAAGUCCUCGUCUUCGUCCUCGUCUUCGUCCUCGACCACUACGACCAAGCGGGUGGUAACAGUGGUGGAGGAGGUGGUGGACGGCGUGGUGGUGAGCAAAAGCUCCACCUCCUCCACCCUUUGAGGAGCGCCGCUCAUCCUGAUCCUGAUCACUCAAUAAAAGUCUAGAUCAGA